AUAAUGUAUCCACCUGUCAGGAAAAUGGUCAUUGGACAUCCCCAACUUUGUCAUGCCAAGAGAUAUUAUGUGGGAAUCCUCCAAAUCUGCCUCACACUGGACAAGUGUGGAAAGGUAGCUCCACCCCAGGAAGCACUGUAAUUUACUACUGUAAAAAAGAAUUUUAUCACAGUGACGGAAACAAUGUUUCAGUGUGCACAAUUAAUGGUUACUGGACAAAACCAGAUAUCUCAUGCAAAGAAGUUGACUGUGGCAAGCCCCCACUCAUCCCUAAUUCAGUCAUGCACUGGGAUAAAAUUUCCACUGUGGGCUCAAAGGUUAUUUAUCUGUGUAAACCUGGAUAUCUCAGUGCUGGAACAGGGAAUGUAUCUGUUUGUAGUGCCAGUGGAAAAUGGGAUGGAGCACCGAUCCUUUGUCAAGAAAUCAACUGUUGGGAGCCUGUUUUAAAACCCAAUGCUAAAAUGUUAUGGGAUGGCACAUCACGCAUUGGUAGUGUGGUUUAUUACCAGUGUGCAGAGGGAUAUUACACCAGGAGCCUGAGAAACUACUCAGUAUGUGGAGAAAACGGACUAUGGGAGGAUAUUGAUCUGUGGUGUGAAGAAAUAAGCUGUGGUCCCCCAGUAGCCCUCCCCCACGCUAACCUCCUGUGGGGCCACAACAGCACACCAGGCAGCACUGUGCUGUAUGAGUGUAUGGAAGGAUUUUACCAGGAGAGUGGGAAUAAUAUGUCAACAUGUUCACUAUCAGGAGAGUGGGGGGAAGUAUCUAUAAAGUGCAAAGCUAAAUGUGGCCCAGCUCCUUUUCUUGCCAACUCAGAGGUCGUGUGGCAUAAUAGAAGUGUUGUGAUCCACCGCUGCGUGGCAGGAUAUCACAGCUGGAGGGGAAGCAACGUCUCUGUGUGCGGGAGCUCCGGGGAGUGGCAGAAAGCUACUCUGAGAUGCAUAGAAAUCAAACCACCUAUCAAUCACCUGCUUAUUUUUAAUGAAAGCUGCCUGCAGUGGAAAGCAGAAAAGUACGAGGAGGACACAGAGGUUUACAAGGUGACUUACACAGGAUCCAGGGACUACCAGAGAUCCUUUUAUGACAAAAGGAAGAGAUUUCUGAGCUCCAAAGCAGACCAGCUGAAGCUCUGCCUUGGCUUGCUUCCAGUCACAAACUAUAGCAUCACCAUCACUGCAACAUCUGCCAAGUUCACAGCCUCUGUCACCACAAACACCAGUCUACCAGUACCUCCAGGACCAGUUGUCUACUACAGGGAAUUUGACACUCCUCUACCAACGUUGAGUCUGCGCAGAUCACCCAACACACUGGACUUAAUAAGUUUGUACCAAGUGUUUGUGCUUCCUGUAGAGGGGUUUAUGAUGUUUAACUGUUCCUCUCCUGCAAUCGCGCCGCCUUUGAGCACACUUAAGUCACCAGCGGAGUACAUCACUGCUCAGUUUGAAGUCCAUCGUGUUGGAACAGAGAUGAAUCUUACUAUAGGAGAUGGGCUGCUCUAUGGUGGCUUUUAUAAUGCACCACUGGAGAGUGGCAAGAACUAUUAUAUCAUUUUACGGGCUGUCAGUCAGUGGAAAUCGGCCUUAAAAAGUUCCUGUGUCCUGUGGGCUAAAGUAAUAGCUACAUCGUACGCUCUGAGGGUUUCAUCGCUGUCUGCUGUAGCUACCAUAGGGCUGGUUGCCGUGGUUAUUUGGGGAGGCUACAGUAUCCACUGGUGUUUCAAGAAGACAUGAUGCUCCUGAGUGCUGACGUGCUCUAAUACUGUCCUGAGUUUCUAGCAGUACAUUUUGUAAAUAGUUAUUAUUUUAUAUUAAAUAUUAUCACCAUAUUAAACUUAUUAAAAUCAUUUUUUGACACAGACUCACAUUGUGGUUAUUGGGUGUGCAGAGGUCCUCUCUUCUGUUCCAGGGUCUCAGGGUCAGUUUAUGAUACUAAAGUCCUUUAAGAAGCAAGUCUUUCCUGUCUGCAGAGCACAUUAAAAUGUGUCAGAGCACUCAUCAGGACACAGAAAGUGUGUGAGCAGAAUGUCUCUCUCAACUUCUGGAAGACUAUGUCUGGGUCAAUGGUGUGAUGAAGAAGAGACUUGGCUUCCACACGUUGACCUGAUGUUUGCUGGUCAUCAGUGAAACCAAACAUCCUUGGUGAUGUGGGCCCUCUUAGUUCUACUCUGUUUUGUGAUGCAGUCGUGGUUUUGGAUUAACAUUGCACAGU